UCCCUGCAGCUCCGAUGAAACCCGGCGGGGGAGCCGAGGCGCCGGAGGGCGAGGAAGGGGAGCGCGAUCCCCUGAACCCGGAGUCCUCGGAGCCGCUGGGCGUCUCCGCCACCUACCGGGAGUUCGUCCGGCGAAGUUACCUGGAGCUGAUGAGCGCCAACCAGCACUCGCUGCACGCCCUCAACUGGCGGAGGCUUUAUCUCAGCCGGGCGAAGCUGAAAGCCUCCAGCCGCACCUCGGCUCUGCUCUCCGGCUUUGCCAUGGUAGCCAUGGUGGAGGUACAGCUGGAAGACUACGACUACCCAUGGGAGCUACUGGUGGCCUUCAGUGCCUGCACGACGGUCCUGGUGGCCGUCCACCUCUUUGCUCUGAUGGUCAGCACUUGCAUCUUGCCCAAUAUUGAAGCCGUCAGUAACAUCCACAACCUCAACUCCGUCAACGAGUCUCCCCACGAACGAAUGCACCACUACAUCGAGCUGGCUUGGGGCUUCUCCACUGCCUUGGGGAUCUUCCUCUUCCUUACCGAGGUGGUGUUGAUCUGCUGGGUCAAGUUUAUGCCCGUCGGCAACAUGGGGGCGAGCCGAAAGUGCUGUGCUCCAGAACUGGGCCUUGAUAGUAACGCCACGGCCUCUACCGACAGCUCUGGCUGGAACGCUGCCAUGGCCUCCACGGUGAUUAUGGUUCCAGUUGGCGUAGUGUUCAUUAUCUUUGCCCUGCAUUUCUACCGCUCCUUAGUGGGGCACAAAACCGAUCGGCACCAGCAGGAGCUAGAAGAACUUAACCAGAUCAAGUAUCAGUUGGACGGAGAGGCCACAGCACUGCAAGUGGUAUGAGUUGGCAGCCUCAUUUGAACUGCGAUUGGCACGAACCUUUAGAGAGAAAGGCCCUGUCAGUCGUAUCCUCACUUGUCUUGGCGGAGCAACUAUUAAGUAACUGCCACUGCUGGAAUUUAACCCACAAGCCGUGAUGUUUUCGCAGGUUCCCUUGUGUCACUCCCCAGACCCCAAUGUUCAACAACAUUUCUUUGCAUUUCUUGGGAGAUGAUUUUUAAACACAGGACGACUUGUUGAAAUGGGCUUCUCCUGAAAAGCAGCGGUGGAAAUCUGAGGAGCGUCCCCUGGGGAGCUUCUCCAUCCGGUCAAGUUUUGAUCAUGCGGUAAAAUGUUUACGGUAGGCAGACUUGGAAAAAAAAAAGAAAAGAACGACUUUGGUCUCUCCGUUGGGUGAGCCUGUUGCUUUGUCCUUAAGGUGCAACUGGUUCAACUUUGUUUUCCUGCCGAACUGGAGAAGAGAACAAAAAAUCUUUGGUGUUUCUGAGAUUUCAGAAUGGAUGGGUUUGAAAAAGUUAGUGCACUCCGUUCAUUUUGCCUUUUGCUUCUCAUCUCUACAUCUGGUCGGAAUAGCAGAGCUCACCAGCCAAUAUUGGCUGGGCUAACCUUUGAGAAGGUGUUAAAGCCGCUAGCCUGAGCUUCUGAAGCUAAUCUCCACUCAGCUUUUACUGCGCAGUUCCCCUUGCUGCGUUUUUGACAAUCAAUCUGCAAAUACCCCAGAUGCCAAGCCUUCCAAUCAGUGCGACUGGGACGCUACGUCUCCAGAAGGCCUGACCCUGAAUUCUCAAGGGGGCUAGGAAGUCAUCGCAUCUUGUGAUUCAGUGUUCCAAAUCCAGCUUCCUGCAGUCAGUCCCUCUCCCCCUUCUGGGGACCCCCACUUCCCAAAUUCCCAGGCAGCGCAUAUGAUCCUAACACAUCUGGAAGGCACUAGGUUGGAGAAAGCUGUGCUCCAGCCAAAUGCUUGCAUGCACUCUCCUCCAUUCAUAAAAUGCUUGUUUGCUUACCUCUGUGGAAACUUGGCAUCAUUUUGGGGUGACACUUGUCAGAGAUGGGAUUGAUGCAGAAAGUCGGACUUCUUAGCCAGGAAGUCCUGGGACACGCAUAUUAUCCCCAUAUAUGCGCUUUGCCCCCAGUCAUAAAUUGCCUGCCCCUCCCCAGGGAUCCCUAUUUAUAGAGACAAAGUCACACGCUAUCUGGGGUGACAGACUGUUUGGCUCCACUGGGAGGUGGCUUCGUGGCUUGGAUUUUUCCAGAGGAGGAAAACAGACUAUUGGGGAGUGGUAGAAGUUAAAUCUAAGUCUGAUUUAGGAAUCUUUGGGGCAGGGGCAGAAUUUCGCUUGCCCCUUGCGUUUUCUUUCAAGAACAGAACUAGCUGAUUUGGUCUCAGAGCGUGGCAGGAAGAGCCACUAAAUGAUAAAACCAGGCUGAUGUCUUGCCCUCCCCUCCAUCUUCCUCAACUUCUUGUCCUGCACAGAUGUGGCCCAGCAUCUCUCAUCUCACGGUUGAAGAUGCUGAGAGCUGUGGCUGAACACGGCUAGGGAAUACCACAUUUGGGAAGGCGAUGCCUGCGGUCAGAAAGUCAGAGCAAGAUGUCACAUGCAGCUCUUCAUCAAGAAUAGUAUAUUGCAAGACGUAAAUGGGGGUCUUUAUCAGAGGGAGCAGCAGGCUUCCUGCUGAACGGGAAGUGGGGCAGCUUAAGCCUUCGGUCUUCAGCUGUUCAUCUAUUCAGAAAUGUUCAGAUGCUUCCCCUUCCUGGAGCUUUGCUUCCUAGGAUUAGGAGUUGCAUGGAUCCACCUCUUAUUUUUCUGGGAGCAAAGUAGCUGGGGAUAAUUUGGUAGAUGGGAAAGAAAUUUUGAAUGGAUGAAAAUAACACGUUGUUUCCCCAUCGUGGAUUCUACAGCUGUUUUAUUGGAGGAAAAAAACCUUCAGGAUGUGUGUAUGGAGAGGGGAGGGGGAUCAGAGCAGAAUUACAUAUACAGGAAGCCCCGUUGACAUCCCCAGGAGCUGCUAGGUCAUGCCAAGGAGAUGAAGAAAGUGCAUGGAGGUUGGCUGGGGAUACUGCUAAAAAUGUUUGAAGCACGGUGGCUGCUAAAUAUUCAACACCUUCUCCUUUCAAGCAAUGUUGUUAUUUUCCAGUUAAAAAAUGAACUGAAUUAACUCAGUCUUAACCCUGCCAGCGCAAUCACUUGUAUGCCUCAGAGCUUGGCUUUUAAAAGUAUUAUGGAAACCAGUUUAGUUUACAUCAGCCUUUGCUAGCCUGGCAUCAUCUGAAUGCACUGGAACACAGCUUCCCUGACUCCAAGUCAGCAUGGCCACAGGCAGAGAGAAGUUAUGGGUUUUGUAGUUCAGCACACCCGAGGGGCGAAGCUGGUUUACAUCUUAACCAUGCAGGGCUAGAGUUUUCACACUCGUGAAUGGUACACACUUAGAGCUUGGUACACGCUUCACCAUGUGUUCUCGGGCUCCUUUCUAUUGGUGAAGGCGGGUGGCUGCUCAUUUGGGGCAUGUUUAUAUAUUUUUUCAAAAUAAAAUAGGUUUUUAAAG